GGGAGGGAGCAGCUUCGGCGGCUGCAGGCUUCGAGCGAGAGGAAGACGAGACGGAUCAAUAGCACGAGUUGCAGCGUGCAAAAAAUUGACCUAGCUCUAAUACCAUGUUAGGAAUAAGCAACUUGUAUUCCCAUGAGGCCAUAGGCCGAUAUAUAUAUACAUGUACAGGUGUGAAACAUAUGCAGGAAACCCCUUAUACAACGGGAUAAAUACAAAGGAGUACAUGACUUAUAGUAUAAGUCUAACAGCAUUAUGUUCCCUGGAGGAGUUCUCUGAAGUCGCCGGUUUCCUGAAAUCUUCCGGCGCACGCAACUUUGGACCAAACGGCAGGUCACCCUUUUCAUCCCGGGACCCUGGCGUUGGACAGCAUAGGUCUGAAUGACCCAACUUACCACAGGAGAAGCAAAAUAAGGAACUUGCUCAUACUGCAUACAUACAUAUCCACUUUCUUCUUCCUGGCAGAAUCAAUCAAAAUCCAUCUCCUAAGGGGCUUGUCCACAUCAAUGGAUAUCCUUGCACGCAGAAAACCACCAUUAUGAUCAAAAGUAACAGACUGGGCAUCCUUGUCCAUCUGUUUAGCAAUUGGGUUCCACCAUGAUUCAUCUCUCAAAUUGUAGGGAAGGUCAACAACCCUAGCCCAAAUCUAUAGACGAUCAAAUUUAAGCUCAUCUGGCCGCAUGCAGUCAUCAAACUCCGCAAGCACCACAGCGUUUUUGUUGAUGUGCCAUGGCGAUCCACCCCAGACACGAUCUCUAUCUCACUGAUUCUCAAAUUCAGCCACAAACUUGUUGAAACCAACUGAUCUGAACUUCAGUCCCCGUGGGUUUCCCCACGCCGGCCGGAGUGCAUUGGUGAUAGUAUGAAUAUGGAAGUGAUUUCUGUGGAGAACUUUACCAGCCAAUAGCCACUUCACGGGACCUCCGUCAGUGCGGUCAUCGAUCACCAGGGGGGUCGCCUCCUCUUCAGAUAUAUCUAGCUUGCCCAAAGCUUCCUCGAGUUUCUUCCUGGCCUCCCGACCCAAACUGGCCAUCCUCUCCUGUCCCGCCCCCCGCUGAGGCGUUCGGCGCAGCCAUCUUCACACGCGAGCAGGCAAAGAACCGAUCAGCCCCGGCGACAAAUCACCGGGCGGAAGCCUAGUUCCACCGUCAAAACCCUAGUCGCCCCUGGCGCCGCCAGAGCGUAUUAGGGUUUUGGGGAAAAAACGAUUCGCUCUGAUCGCUAGAGCUUAUCCUAAGUAUGUGCACUGUUCAAUCAAGGAACAAAUACCACAAAAAUGUAAAUACAUUGAUAUUUUAGCAUGUUUUCACUUGAAGAUAAGCUUAAAUGAUGAACUUGGCUCAUAGUCGGGCCAUUGUUUUAGUAAUAAAUAAUGUAUGAUUAUGUGCAUCAGUCGAUGUAAAGGCUAGAGGUUAUCCACCUUUUCCAAGAAAAGAGAACCAUACUUUCCAGAAACCGUGCCUCACUCCACACAAAUACAAUCAACUUGCCCCGGGUCUAUUCGUAUGGGAAAUGGGUGUUAUCAUAAUCAAACUUUCAAAAAAGUUUUCAGAAGAAGAAGAAAAAUACUACCUCUGUCCCAUAAUAUAAUAUGCUAUUAUAACCAAUAACCCUCCGUCUCACAAUAUAAGAUAUUCUCCAACGUUGACCCAUAAAACAAACAUGAUAUCCGUUCGCGGACGGGUGGAUGUUAGGGCAUCUCCAACACUGACCUCCAAAACAAGCACAAUAUCCGUUCGCGGACAUGAAUGCGGGAGCCGGCCAUCCAAACGCGUCCCCUAAACAUCCGUCCAGGUCCGACCAAUCUGAAAUUCAAAUGCAAAGCGUUGGAUCACAACCAAAAAGAGGCCGAUGUUUAUAGUUUUUAUACAUGCCCGAUCACAAAAGUAUCUCAACCUCGCUCACUCUGCCGCCGGCUCCUCCUCACCAUCCGCUUCCUUCUCGGCUGCCUCCUUCUCCGCCUUCUCCAGCUGCUCCUUCAAGCGCUUCAACAUCCUAAGAAGGACGGCUUGCACGAUCAUCCUUGCAUUGUCAUUCAACUCCUCCAUCUUCAAGGCCAGGACGGCGUCUGCAUGGACGGCGAUGGCGCGCGGUGGCGCCCUGCGUCCCAGGCCCACCCGCCCCCUGCACCACUCCCGCACCCAGCAUGUCCGCCGCCACACGCCUGCCACCCUUCUUUUUGAGUGAUGCCACCUCCUUUGCCUUAUGUUUGAGGUGGUGGGCUUUUGCCGUUCAUCGAGUUGAUCUUUCGGGCAGCUUCCUUCAUCGGAUACUCCACCACCGCCGUCUCCAGCACCUUUUUGUACGGGUCCAUGCGGCGGCGGCGGCGAAAAAUGGCAGGAAUUGGGGUGGAGAGCGGCGGGAUGGUAGAGGAGAGGAUUGAGAAAGGGGGUUUUGCCGUGGAAACAGUGUAGCCAACUCCAAAUGCGCAGGCUCCGCCUCAGUUUUGGGUGUGCCGGAGGUGUCGGAGUCUAAAGUGGCUGGUGGCGUAAAGCCCCCUGGUUUGUUUUCGGUUUGCGAGAAAACGAACACCCAGACUGAUGCGCAGACAAAUGCGAUACACCAUUGGUUGGUUUGUGGCGUCCGAACAGUUUGGUCCCGACAAAUGCGGACAAUUUUGGGGUAGGCGUUGAAGAUGCCCGUAUUUACAACCGAUAUGAUCAGGGAGUAGACCUAACUUGUGGUGCAUGGUACUGAAAUUAACGAAGAGACAUGGGUAGUUUACUGUUUACACACAGAGAUUCCAAACGUAUGUACGUAGGUAGGUAGAAUGGAUCGAGCGAUACGUAUAUUUUCUGUCUCGGAGGGAUCGAACUCAAAUCUACUUUUCCUAGCAAGGACAGUCUCAGUAUUUCACCAACCACCAUAUCGUGCGCUACAGAUGGAGCAUGUACGGCCGUGCUUUAGCAUCUUUUCACAUCCCGCAAUCCGGACCGCUCGAUCUCAAUCUCGAUCGGGUGGCGGAAAUCGUGGCCGUCCGGCCUCGAUCUCCCCGAUCGGGCGGCUUUAGUGGCCGAGGACCGGAAGAACCCUAACCACCAGACUAGGGCUAGCUCUCUCACACACACAAACACACGCGCAAGCCACCAUGCCAUGCCAUGCCAUGCAAGGCUUCUCCGGCCUAUAAAUAGAGGGUGGCCUCUUCACACCUUCCUUGAGCACAAGCCAGACAGCCACUCUCCAACCACCACUGGUUAGCUAGCUAGCUAAUCAUCACACACACUAAACUUAAUUAACAAGAGAGGUAGCGCCAGUAUAUGGGAAGGAGGUCGUCCUUCUUCUGCGCCAUAUUCAGCUUCUCGCGGAGGUCGAGGCGGUACGCCUACGUCGACGACGAGGAUAGCGACUGGGAGCAGCCGCCGGCGCCGGGGCUGCGCAAGGUCAGGUCCAGCGACGAGGACUCCGGGUGGUGGGUCGGCGAGCGCGACGUCGACCAGAAGGCCGCCGACUUCAUCGCCAGCUUCCGCCAGAGGAGCCUCGUCGCCUGAACGCCCAGCUGCCGCCGACGCCGCCUAUACAUGUACGUACGUGCCCAGCUAGGGCGUACGUCCAGGUUAUCGCGUACGUAUAGGGAAUAAGAUCGAUCUGCCGGGAGCUGGCGCAAACGUACGUGCCUAGCCAGCUUCCCGAUGAGCUAGUAUUUAUGUAGACAUAUCAAGUGUGAGUGUGUGUGUGUGUGUGUGUGUGUUGAUGUGAUCAUAUGUUAUGUAUCUUCGGUUGUGCAGUACGUGUGCGUGAGUACUAUCUAGGUUUCGUAAGUGUUCUGUCGAAUAAUGCAGCCCAAGAGAUGACAAGGGAUUUAAUGAAAUCAUGUACGGGUGGUGUGUGUGUCUAUAUAUAUAUAUUAUAUAUUGCAUGUAUGUG